GACGUCCGUGUUCCUUGUCGCUCGCCGCAGCGCCUGGCGCCCGGGAAGAGGUGGCUGUAAGGGAAGCGAGCUCGCGACUCUCUGGCUUCCGAGGCUUCAGGUUUAUCGGAGGGAGGGGGUGGCAAGCGAGAAGAAGCCACUGCAGCCGGUCCUCGGCGACUCUCCUGUUGACCUCCGCGCGACGUACCCGCCGCCGCUGUUGGUUGGAGCAUUUGACAUUGUGCAGCAAAGAAAUGGUUAUGGAGAAGCCCAGUCCGCUGCUUGUAGGGCGGGAGUUUGUGAGGCAAUAUUAUACUUUGCUGAAUAAAGCUCCAGAAUAUUUACACAGGUUUUAUGGAAGGAAUUCUUCCUAUGUUCAUGGUGGAGUAGAUGCUAGUGGAAAGCCCCAGGAAGCUGUUUAUGGCCAAAAUGAUAUACACCACAAAGUAUUAUCUCUGAACUUCAGUGAAUGUCAUACUAAAAUUCGUCAUGUGGAUGCUCAUGCAACUUUGAGUGAUGGAGUAGUUGUCCAGGUCAUGGGUUUGCUAUCUAACAGUGGACAGCCAGAGCGGAAGUUUAUGCAGACCUUUGUUCUGGCUCCUGAAGGAUCUGUUCCAAAUAAGUUUUAUGUUCACAAUGAUAUGUUUCGUUAUGAAGAUGAAGUAUUUGGUGAUUCUGAACCAGAGCUCGAUGAAGGUGAGCGGGAUCAAAGAAAUGCUGUGCAAGACUGUCAUUCUCUUCUGCCUUCCCUUCCACCUUCUAGUUCUUACUGGAUUUUGGCUUCAAAACAUAAUGGCAUAGAGGAACCUUUGGAAGAGUCCUCUCAUGAACCUGAACCUGAGCCAGAAUCGGAAACAAAGACUGAAGAACUAAAGCCACAAGUGGAGGAGAAGAACUUAGAAGAAUUAGAGGAGAAGUCUACUUCUCCUCCUCCUGCUGAACCUGUUUCUCUGCCACAGGAACCACCAAAGGCUUUCUCCUGGGCUUCAGUGACCAGUAAAAACCUGCCUCCUAGUGGUACUGUUUCUUCCUCUGGAAUUCCACCCCAUGUUAAAGCACCAGUCUCACAGCCAAGAGUUGAAGCUAAACCAGAAGUUCAGUCUCAGCCACCUCGGGUGCGUGAACAACGACCUCGAGAACGACCCGGUUUCCCUCCUAGAGGACCAAGACCAGGCAGAGGAGAUAUUGAACAGAAUGAAUCUGACAACCGUAGAAUAAUUCGCUAUCCAGACAGUCAUCAACUUUUUGUUGGUAACUUGCCACAUGAUAUUGAUGAAAAUGAACUGAAAGAGUUCUUCAUGAGUUUUGGAAACGUUGUGGAACUUCGCAUCAAUACCAAGGGUGUUGGGGGAAAGCUUCCAAACUUUGGUUUUGUGGUUUUUGAUGACUCUGAACCAGUUCAGAGAAUCUUAAUUGCAAAACCAAUUAUGUUUCGAGGGGAAGUACGUUUAAAUGUGGAAGAGAAAAAAACAAGAGCUGCAAGAGAGCGAGAAACCAGAGGUGGUGGUGAUGAUCGCAGGGAUAUUAGGCGCAAUGAUCGAGGUCCUGGCGGUCCACGUGGAAUAGUGGGCGGUGGAAUGAUGCGUGACCGGGAUGGAAGAGGACCUCCUCCAAGAGGUGGCAUGGCACAGAAACUUGGCUCUGGAAGAGGAACUGGGCAAAUGGAAGGCCGCUUCACAGGACAGCGUCGCUGAAGCUCCACUGUUGGCAAAGUCUUGGCAGUGGUACAUUAUUCAUCGUGUUUGCAUUCUUGUUAAUUUUUUUUUUUUUGGCUUUGGAAUGUGACACAGCCUUUUUGAUCAUUUCUUUGAUGUGAAAAGCAUCUUUUGGUUAUCAGUUAAAUUGAGGUGGACAUUAUUUCCCCAAUUUCACAACAGGAUUCACAUUGUUAAUUUAUAAAUCUAGACUUGGAGAAUUAAGGACUGAGAAUGACCGUAUCUUAAACUAUCUACAACAAAAUGAACUUACAAGGACAUGCCCAACUGAAUUCAGGUCCUUUGAGUCAAAAAAAAAAAAAAAUCCUCUGCUGCACAUUUUGUUUAAGUGUUACUGUUUCUGCCUGUUAAUGUUGGAAACACAAAUAGUGCAAUUUGUGCAAUUGGAGAAUCUUGCCUUUUUUCUUGGCUCCCCCCCAAAAAUACAACCCAACAGAAACUUGUUAUGCACUCAUCAAAAUGCACUAAUGGGUACUCUGAACUCAUUAACAUUGACAUCUGCAACAGGAGGCAACAGGGGAAAAAACCUUUCAUCUCUUUUUCCAGUAGAGAAUAGUUUGUGAAAUGAUGAGGGCAUUUUAUCUGCUUGCUGUGACCAGCGUGUGUACACAUAAACCUUAACAAGACUACAAGUAUAUUCCAGAAGGAAAUCAUUUAGUUAUGAACUAAAUAACAGAAAUCAGAACUUUAAAUGCUAUGGUCUUGAAUAUUAGACCAGAUUUAGUAGCUCCAUAUCUAAGAUUUUUCUACCUGCCCCUCUUCAGUACAGGGAUGGCUGGCUG